UUUCUCUCACCGGGGCCGCGGCCCGCUGAGCGGCGCCUCUGACGCGGGGUAGCGCGCUCUCGGCGCGGAGGCGGACCUCUCCGGUCGCCGGGGUGGGCCCUGAGGAUGUUGCGUGGGCGUCUCCGGGGCCGUGGUGGGCCUUUCGGGGCGCCUCGGGAAGCUGGAGGGCGCCUCCCGACGCGGGAGUGGGGCCUUUUGGGACACCAGGGCGGCCCCUGGGGACUUCGCUGGGCGCCGCCUGACGCCGUGGUGGGCUUCCGCCCCCAGUGCCAGGCCUGCCCACUUCGCGCCGGGGGUGCGGCCUUUAUCCUCCCGGGCGCUCCUUCGUCAUUUCUCGUCAGUCGAUGGGCUCUGGUCGCCGCCGGUCCCUCGAAAGCGUGUUCCUCACGCUGAACACCGCGGGAGGAGGCUCGGUUCUCGCCGUCUUCCCCCACGGGGCCCCUCCGCCUCUCAGGCCUCACGCCCCCUCCCCCCGCAAGGCUACUGUUUUGUUGCGGAGUGAUCCUUCCUUCUGUUAGUUAUUUGCCCAGAAAAAAAUUUUUGUUUGGAAAUCCUUAUUAUUUGCCACUUCCUCCUCCAGCAGAACUGAUGUUUCCUUCUGUACGAUGACCGUCUUUGAAGCCUAUUACACACAAAAGAAUGCCACGGAGAAAGAAAAAAGUUAAAGAAGCCUCUGAAGCUCAGAACCUGGAGAAGAAAGAUGCAGAAACUGCCAGUUCUGUCAAUCUGAAGAGGAAACGUAGACUUGAAGAUGCAUUCAUUGUGAUAUCUGAUAGUGAUGGAGAGGAACCAAAGGAGGAGAAUGGGUUGCAGAAAAUGAAGACAAAGCAGUCGAAUAGAACAAAGUGUUUGGCUAAAAGAAAAAUUGCACAAAUGACAGAAGAGGAACAGUUUGCUCUGGCUCUCAAAAUGAGUGAGCAGGAAGCUAGGGAGAUGAACAGCCAGGAGGAGGAAGAAGAGGAGCUCUUGAGGAAAGCCAUUGCAGAAAGCCUGAAUAGUUGCCGGCCUUCUGAUGCGUCUGCUACCAGAUCUCGACCUCUGGCCACUGGACCAUCUUCACAGUCCCACCAAGAGAAAGCCACAGACUCUGGGACCACUGAAGGCAUAUGGCAGCUGGUACCUUCAUCACUGUUUAAAGGCUCACAUAUCAGUCAGGGAAACGAGGCUGAGGAAAGAGAGGAGCCUUGGGACCACACUGAAAACACUGAAGAGGAGCCGGUCUUUGGCAGCUCAGGAAGCUGGGAUAAGUCAAGCCAGCCAGUGUUUGAGAAUGAGAAUGUUAAAUGUUUUGACAGAUGUACUGGCCACUUGGCUGAGCACACACAGUGUGGGAAGCCACAGGAAAGUACUGGGAGGGGUUGUGUUUUCCACAAAGCUGCCCAGGGUAGGGGGGACACAUCUAGGCACUGUCUGCCUACCCCAGCAGAUGCCAAAGGUCUUCAGGAUGUUGGGGGCACUGUACACUACUUCUGGGGUAUUCCAUUCUGCCCUGCUGGAGUAGACCCUAACCAGUAUACCAAGGUCAUUCUCUGCCAGUUGGAGGUUUAUCAGAAGAGCCUAAAAAUGGCUCAGAGGCAGCUCUUUAAAAAAAAAGGGUUUGGGGAACCAGUGUUACCUAGACCUCCUUCUCUGAUCCAGAAUGAAUGUGGCCAAGGAGAUCAGGCUAGUGAAAAAAAUGAAGGCAUCUCAGAAGAUAUGGGAGAUGAAGACAAAGAGGAGAGGCAGGAGUCUAGGGCAUCUGUCUGGCAUUCAAAAACCAAGGAUUUCCAAGAAAGCCCAAUUAAAAGCUUGAAAGAGAAACUUUUGUUGGAGGAAGAACCAACAACCAGUCAUGGUCAGUCUUCCCAAGGGGUAUUUGUCGAAGAAACUUCUGAAGAAGGAAACUCUGUACCUGCCUCACAAAGCAUUGCUGCUUUGACCAGUAAGAGAAGUUCAGUCCUUAUGCCAGAGAGUUCUGCAGAGGAAAUCACUGUGUGUCCUGAGACACAGCUAAGUUCUUCUGAAACGUUUGACCUUGAAAAAGAAGUCUCUCCAGGUAGCAGAGAGAUCCUGGAUGAAGUAAGAAUAAUAAUUGCAGAUAAGGAGGUUGGUAACAGGGGAAACGCUGAGAAGGAAAUACCUAUUUCUACAGUCUCAUCCAGUACCCAGGUGUCCUGCCCACUGUGUGACCAAGGCUUCCCACCCACAAAGAUUGAGCGACAUGCCAUGUACUGCAAUGGGCUGAUAGGGCAAGACACAGUGUUGACUCGGAGACAAAAAGAGGCCAAGAGCAAGACCAAGAGUGAUAGUGGGAAAGCUGCCCAGACUUCCCUAGACAUUGACAAGAAUGAGAAGUGUUAUCUCUGUAAAUCCCUGGUCCCAUUCAGAGAGUACCAGAGUCAUGUAGAGUCCUGUCUCCAGCUUGCAAAAGGUGACCAAGGAGGUGAGCCUGAAGAGAGUGGGAAGGUAUGCUCAGCUAUGGAGGAGAAGCAGCAGCAGUGGCCAAGGAACCCAAAGGAAAAAAAACACAGUGAAGGCCGGCUCCUCAGUCUCUUGGAACAGUCUGAGCACAAGACUGCAGAUGGAGAAAUAACGACCAAGUCUUCAGGAACAGGAGGCUUCAGGGUACCCUCACCAGGGAUGGAAGAGGCAGGCUGCAGCAAAGAGAUGCAGAGUUCCCUUGCACAUCUUGACUUAAACGAGUCUCCCAUCAAGUCUUUUGUUUCCAUUUCAGAAGCCACAGAUUGCUUAGUGGACUUUAAAAAGCAACUUACUGUCCGGCCAGGUAGCCGGACACGGACCAAAGCAGGCAGAGGAAGAAGGAGAAAACCCUGAAUUUCUAGGGUCCAGACAUUGGCAAAACCAUUAGCAAUAGGGGUGGGCCAUGGUCAUUAAGUCUUAGUAGCCCCUGUUUCAUUGUUGAGCAAGUUUUGGCCCUGCAGUUUUCACCACCAGCAUCCACUCAGCAUUCUUGUUUUGAUGUUUUCUAUAAGCUAUACAGACGAUUGUGUAUAGUAUUCUGUUUUAUAACAGUCUGGAUUCACUUAUAGUUAAAAGAAAAUUUAAAUAUAUUUAUGUUUGUAUGAAAUCUUAUUUCAAUAAGAUGGAGAUCUUUCUUUUUUUCCCCUCUGUGUUACAGGGUUUGGGGUGGGAAUAUUUAAAUUGUGGAGUUAAAUUACAUCCUAAAUUACAUGUUUCCAAAUUAAUUCCAUUACUGGUCUUUGACAUACUGCCUAUAUUCACUGAAUAUAUAGUGCACAAUUCUGA